GGUUGGGAAAAUCUCUCUUUCAUUCGACAAUGGGCAAGCCAGAAGAGAAGAUGAAGGCGAUUUUACGCAGACUGGAAAACUCUGACGUUCCAGAUGUGUUUUACAAAAAUUUUGAAGUCGUAGAAAAAUUAAAAUUUCCUGGCUUGCAACUGGUUUCCAGAUUUUUUUGGGUAUUGCUCGCGUGCGUUAUUGCGUGUUCGGUUCUUAGUAAAUUGUUUAUUAGUGGUGGUCGAUCGUGCAUCAUAGAUAUGCCUGAAGAUGGUUCGAAAAUUUUCCGCGAGCCCGAGUUUUGUGAAAUAUGCGAAAAUGUGACGCAAGUCGACAAAAUCUCUAACGUAUCCGCCGAAGAUUUUAACAAAAACUACGUAAAAACGGCAAAACCAGUCGUCGUAACGGACGGAGCUCUAAAGUGGCCAGCAUUAAAGACGUUCAACUUUGAGUUUUUUAAGAAAUUAUUUAAAUCCGUUGACAUCAACAGAGGCGAGAGAAAAAACUGCCAGUUCUUCCCUUAUAAAACGGAAUUUAAGUCUCUGCGGGAAGUUUUUGAUAUGACACCGGAAAGAGCUCAGCUAAAACCAGGAGAAAAAUCCUGGUACGUAGGCUGGAGUAACUGCAAUGAUAAUGCGGGCAAUAUUUUGAAGGGCCACUACGAAAAGCCGUACUUUUUGUCAAAUAUUUCGGAAAAUAUUGCUCUAAGUUGGAUUUUUAUGGGCGGGCCUGGACGCGGGGCACACAUGCAUGUUGAUAACGUCCACUAUCCUUCUUGGCAAGCUCAGCUUAGUGGGAAAAAAAUGUGGAAACUAGCUCCACCUCCGGAAUGUUACUAUAGAUGUAAAGAACUUGAAGUACUUGUUGAACCGGGUGAAAUAAUUGUGUUGGACACAAACCGAUGGUAUCAUGAAACGUCAGUUCUAUUAGGUGAUGUAAGCAUUACCAUCGGUGCUGAAUUCGACUAAAUACUUUAAAUCGUUGGUAUUUGAAAUAAAACAGAUUCAGA